AUGCUUCAGUUCAAGCUGCCGUCGCUGCCAUCGUUCGGCAACCUCUUCCGGAGCGGCGUCCACAUCCCCAAGCCUGAGAUACACGACGUCGAAGAGCGUCCCGAGAAACGAGCUCGUACGCUGAAGCACCUGCUCAAAGCGAACCACAUUAACCACAGCAUCAUCUACAACAAACUGCGUUUCCACAAUCACACGCCACACCUCCUCGGCUCGGCGUACAUCCUGGGAGCAGAUGCAGACCAGCUCAAUCACAUUUACGAGGUGGAAGGCAAGAACUUAGAGCCGUGGCACGAUAGUCCCGGCGAGAUCGCGAAGCACGAUUGGAGGGACUACUUGGGAAAGAGAGAAUAUCAGCGAGCCUUCAUCGACUUCUUCGAGGACCAGCUUGUGCAGCAUGGCUAUGACUGGCGAGCGCUGCUCGAUGAAUUUCUCCUGUCGGGUCAGGAACCGUUGGUCAACAACUUGAUCUCUGGCCUAGCACACCCUUUGAUCCACCUCGGAUACGGCUACGAGCUUUCAUCGCGGACCGUUGUAAUCGAGGCUCUUGGUCUUGCUGCAUGCUUCUACAACGACUGGCAUGUGUUGUUGGAUGAUCCAAAGUACACUAAGCCUGCGAAGCAGCCGUCAGACUCACUCUUCAGCAUUCUUGGAAGAGUAGCGGACGACAACAGAUUCGACAACCUCUCGGAUCACUUGGGAAGCGAUAACAUUGACAAAAUCCUUGGCAACGAGGAGCUAGCUGCGGCGGCAUUGGAUUACUGGAAUUCAUGGGACCUCAAGAAACCCACCGAGCAGUUCGCCGAGUCCCAAAAGCUUGCGGUCGCGUUGUUGGUUGCGGCGCAGUCGUCCUCGGACAAGCGUUAUGACUUCUUUGCCGUUCAUCUACUGACAAGCUCGCAUGCUGUGCGCACACUAAUACCAUUACUGCCAAACAAGUACCACCUUCCGCUGGUGCGACAGUGGUGGCUCUUCACGCUUCUGGUCUACAUCGCUCAGCUUCGGCCGAAGAUCGACAUCGACAAGAUCAAGCUGGUGGAUCUCGACGGACGAGACUGGAAGUAUGUCAGCGAGAAAGCCCUAAAGGGCAGCUAUCACACAGAUGCGCACUACGUGAAGUCACUACGGUGCAUGCACGAAGCGAGCAAAACAUGGGGAGACGCAAACCAGUUCUAUCUCAAGGCUGCCGUGAAGUUGGCAGAAGAGUUCGACGGUUGGGGGGGCUUUGGACCUGUCGAGAUGGAGGAAGAAGCCGACGCGAGGGAGAUCACGGCUAAUAACGAAAGGCGUUCCAUGUCAGGUCACCAACCCGAUGACUAA